GGGGAGGGAAAGGGCGGAGCGCGCGUCUCGGACCCGCGGAAAGCGACUCUUGAGUGUUUCCAUUGGCCGCGACGCGAAUGCUCCGCCCACCCCUCCGACCCGCGCUUCCUUAUUGGCCAGUGUUGGCGCGAAGGCACGCGAGCGGCCCCCCACGCACGGGCCGCAGGAAACAAUAGAGGCCGCGCGCGCGGAGCGAGCGCUCGUAGCUUCCCCGCCCCUCCUGCAACGCACGACCCCGGGAUCCCCCAACCCCUCCCGGCUCGCCUGCCGCCAUGGCUGACAAGGAAGCGGCCUUUGACGACGCGGUGGAAGAACGUGUGAUAAACGAGGAGUACAAAAUAUGGAAGAAGAACACCCCUUUUCUUUAUGAUUUGGUGAUGACCCAUGCCCUGGAGUGGCCCAGCUUAACUGCCCAGUGGCUUCCAGAUGUGACCAGGCCUGAAGGAAAAGAUUUCAGCAUUCAUCGGCUUGUCCUGGGAACACACACAUCAGAUGAACAAAACCACCUGGUGAUAGCCAGUGUCCAGCUCCCUAAUGAUGAUGCUCAGUUUGAUGCAUCCCAUUAUGACAGUGAAAAAGGAGAAUUUGGAGGUUUUGGUUCUGUCAGUGGGAAAAUUGAAAUAGAAAUCAAGAUCAACCAUGAAGGAGAAGUAAACAGGGCCCGGUACAUGCCUCAGAACCCUUGCAUCAUUGCAACAAAGACUCCAUCCAGUGAUGUUCUUGUUUUUGACUACACAAAGCACCCUUCUAAACCAGACCCUUCUGGAGAAUGCAACCCAGAUUUGCGCCUCCGUGGACAUCAGAAGGAAGGAUAUGGGCUUUCUUGGAAUCCAAAUCUCAGCGGGCACUUACUUAGUGCUUCAGAUGACCAUACCAUCUGCCUGUGGGACAUUAGUGCAGUUCCAAAAGAAGGAAAAGUGGUGGAUGCAAAGACCAUCUUUACGGGUCAUACAGCAGUAGUAGAGGACGUUUCCUGGCAUCUGCUCCAUGAGUCUCUGUUUGGGUCAGUUGCUGAUGAUCAGAAACUUAUGAUUUGGGAUACUCGUUCAAACAAUACUUCCAAGCCAAGCCACUCAGUUGACGCUCACACAGCUGAAGUGAAUUGCUUAUCGUUCAAUCCUUACAGUGAGUUCAUUCUUGCCACUGGAUCAGCUGACAAGACUGUUGCCUUGUGGGAUCUGAGAAAUCUGAAACUCAAGUUGCAUUCCUUUGAAUCACAUAAGGAUGAAAUAUUCCAAGUUCAAUGGUCACCUCACAAUGAGACCAUCUUAGCUUCCAGUGGUACUGAUCGUAGGCUGAAUGUGUGGGACCUAAGUAAAAUUGGAGAAGAACAGUCCCCAGAAGAUGCAGAGGAUGGCCCACCAGAGUUGUUGUUUAUUCAUGGUGGUCACACUGCCAAGAUAUCUGACUUCUCCUGGAAUCCCAAUGAACCUUGGGUGAUUUGUUCUGUAUCAGAAGAUAAUAUCAUGCAAGUGUGGCAGAUGGCAGAGAACAUUUAUAAUGAUGAAGACCCUGAAGGAAGUGUGGAUCCAGAAGGACAGGGAUCCUAGACACGUCUGCACUUGUGAUUUUAGACUCUCCUCGUUCUCCUCUGAACCCUGAGAUGGAUUUAACGUUAGUUUAAGACACAGACUUCGUUCAGCCACCCAACUACAAUAGGUGCCACCAUCAAUGCUAUUAGCCCAAACCAUGGGUGUUUUCUAAAUCUUAACUGGGGGGCUUCAUUCAGCAAUGCCUCGUUGGUGGCUCCAGUUGUGGCUGGAUAGCUGAACAAAGUCUUGUUUUUUGUUGUGUGUGUUUUUUUCCUUCCUUCCUUUCUUUCCUUUCCUUUUCUUUCUUUUUUUUUUUUUAAAAAAACUUGGGACCACCAAGUUGUAAAGAUGUAUGUUUUUCCCUGGCAGUUGUGCCACUGGUAAACUGUCAAGUUGAGAGUGAAUUGCUAGUUUGUAUUUGUUUUUAAGAUUAAAUUAAUCCUUGAUAAAAGUUGCUUUUUUAGAGGUUAGUCUUUGACCACUAUAGUUUGAUGCCAUCUCCAUUUUGGUUGACCUGUCUCACCAUCAGGCCUGUUACUCUCCAUGACUAACUGUGUAAGUGCUUAUAAUGGAAUAAAUUGCUUUUCUAUAUA